CCAGUGCUCCUCCAUUCCAUCCCUCCGGCAUCACUAAAUGCUGCUAGGAAAUCUAGUCUUAUGAAAGCAUUUCGAGCAGUCUCCCACGCCAUGGCUUCUCGCAGCGUCUCCUCGUCCCUCCGAGGGAUGCGGGUUUUGACUCCUGCGACAUCCAGCGAGUCGCUUUAUGCAGUCGCAGGCCUGUCGCCAGCCAUCCGUGCUCAUGUGAAUGUCAGUGUCUCAAAUUGUCGCGCGUUCGCGCGUUCGGAGCAUUCGCAGAGAGCUCUGGCAGGCAUUCGCUCGUCGCUCCGUCGCACGGGUGGGGCGAGCGACGAGACUUUGCGUGCUGGUCAAGAAAACAGACGCUUUGCUGUAAACAGCAUAAACAGCAAGAGAUCUCUCAACGUCAAAGCUCAGGCGGGGGGAGGGAAUAAUGGCUCUGGGGGAAGUGGAAGCGGAGGAGGGGGAGGCGGAGGCGGAGGGGGAGGGGGGAGCGGCGGAGGGGGUGGGGACGCGAGUAACAGCGGAGUUCCGCCGUCAGGGCUUCAGAUGCUGGGCUUAGCCUACAUGGCAUCGCUAGAGUCACGUCCGUUUGUGACGAAGGGAAUUACAGCUGGUCUGCUGAACACACUUGCAGACCUUUUCUGCCAGGUGGUGGUGGAGAAGGACUCAUCCAUCGAUGUCCGGCGGCUGGGAGGCUUUGCUGCCAUUGGAGCGUUCAUUGUGGGCCCGGCUCUGCACAUCUGGUACGGCCUUCUUGGGAACUUCAUUCGGAUUGAGGGUUUCAAAGGAGUUCUUUCUCGAUUGCUCAUUGACCAGGUGAUAUUUUCCCCUCUAUCAAUCGCCACAUUUGUGGGGCUAGUGCUGCUGCUGGAGGGCAAGCCAGAGCGCAUUGUACCCAAGCUGGAGAAGGAUUUUGUGCCCACGUGCAUUAACAUGUGGAAACUCUGGGUGCCGUUCCAGCUGUUCAACUUCGCCCUUGUGCCACCACAAUUACAGGUUGGUGCCGUGAAUCUAGUGGGCCUGGUUUGGACGGUUUACAUGUCCUUCGCGAGCCACAAUGACGUUAGCGACAGCAAACCUCAUGCGCAGAAGGGUCCUACACCUGCAUAGAAUUUAGCAGAAUGAACAGUAGUGUAUUUACCUUUGUACUGUAUAUGAGCUUGUUUUGGCAAUGUAGGAGGCGUACACCUGGUGCGAGCAAUCCAAACUUGCUCGUGUGUGACCCUUCUGAUUGGUUGCUGCUUCUCCAGUCAAGGGGAAGGAGUGGAAAGAGUGACCUGUGUU